GUGGAUCUCUGGUUCACUUUUCAUCGCUUUCUUUCGAAAUUCUCUCUGUUCUUAUGAAAAAAAUAGAAAGAAAAAGAAUAUAAUAUCUGCAAUAUAAAAACUCGUUGUUUUAUAAAUUAAGGAAAUUGUGUAUUUGUUUAUACAUGUUUUUGUGUUGGUGCUGUUGUUCCGUUGUGUUUGUAAUGUCCUUUCCCAAACACAGGGGGCAGCACAAUAACACAGCGUCGAUCUGACGUAAGCUGCUGCUGAACCAGCGUAGAAGUCGACUCGCUAAUAGCUACAGAGCUGUGCUGAAUUUUCUCGCUGAGAUAAAGUCACAGCGAUGGCCGCCAGCCCGAUGCUUCAAGAAUGCAUCGAAACAGCUGAGGACCUGCUGAAGCGAGUGGAUCUACUGUGCACCCGACAGGACCAGGAAGUGGAAGGUCGCGCCAAACUGUGCAGCAAACUCCGCUCUGAGCUGAAAUUCCUGCAGAAAGUCAAAGCUGGACAUGUUGCCAUCAAAGAGUCUCACCUGCAGAGCACCAACCUGACUCACCUGAAAGCCGUCGUGGAGUCGGCUGAGAGCCUCGAGAACGUCGUCAGCGUUCUACACGUGUUCGCGUACGAAGGUCCGGACGGACGGAAGCAGACGCUGGUGGUGGACGUGGUGGCGAACAGAGGUCACACCUGGGUAAAGGCCAUCGGGCGCAAAGCGGAGGCGUUACACAACAUAUGGCAAGGCCGAGGACAGUACGGUGACAAAAGCGUCAUCAGGCAAGCGGAAGAUUACCUGGAGGCCAGUCGCCAGCAGCCCAUUCAGUACAGCAACCCACACAUCAUCUUCGCCUUCUAUAACGGCGUCUCCAGUCCGAUGGCUGACAGACUCAAAGAGAUGGGUAUCUCUGUUAAAGGUGACAUCGUCGCCGUGAACACGGUGGUCGAAUCAGACGAGGACGACGAUGAGGAUGAAGAGGACAGUGACUUCGAGCAGGACGUUGAGGACAACGACGAUGACGAAGAAGACGAUGAUGAAGUGCAGCUCAUGCACACCCGUGUGGACCGAGACACUAUUGUAGCGAGCCUGGCAUUCCCCACCGACGUCAAGGUAGCCGAGUGUCCGCGAGUAAACCUCGACAUCACCACGCUUAUCACGUACGUGUCGUCUCUGAGUCACGGAAACUGCCACUUCACCUUCAGGGAGUAUGUCCUGACCGAGCAGGCCGCUCAGGAGCGUCAAGAAAAGGUGCUUCCCAAGCUCGAUGCCUUCAUGGAGGGGAAGGAGCUUUUCGCAUGCCACUCGGCCGUGCAGGACUUUCGCACCAUCCUGGACACGCUCGGCGGCCCCGGCGAACGAGAACGAGCCGAGAAGCUCCUCGCCAGAGUCACUGUAGUUCCCGAUCAGCCCUCGGAGCGCACACAGCGCCUGGUAGCCAGCUCCAAGGUCAAUCAUAGGUCGCUUAUGAUCUUCGGGACUGGCGAUACUCUCCGUGCUGUCACUAUGACCGCAAACAGCGGGUUCGUGCGUGCUGCUGCUAACCAAGGCGUGCGUUACAGCGUGUUUAUCCAUCAACCUCGAGCGCUGACGGAAGGCAAAGAAUGGAGAGCCACGCCCAUAUGAUGGACCUGAAAGUACAGAGCAAAAUCAUAACAUGAACCCUGUGUGGAGUUACAACAGCACUUUAAACAAUGCCUGAUUUAUUCCAAACACUUGCAAGAGGCAUCUUUAUUUUGAUGUUUUCAUGCAGCUGUGCACAAUUUACACAGCUGGGCUGCUAAUACAGACAGCAUCCGUGCUGCAUUUAUUAUUAUUAUUUUAUCUCUUGCAGCAUGAUUUUUUUUUUCUGAAUUCAGUGCCUCGAUCUCAGCCUGCAAAGACUGAAACAAACCAAAAGUUUCGUCAAACAUAGAACCACAGAUAUCAUGCACUUCGUUUGUAUCUCGAGAAAAGUAAUAAAACGUUAUUUGUUUUGCAGUCUGUAUGUGUCGAUCUGCAACAUGGAAAUCACAAUGUGUAUUUUUUGUUUUGCACAAAGUUCAAAUAAACAGCCCCAAAAAAAAAAG